UUGCGAAGUGUUAAACGUCAUCACAGUCAUAACAAGUGUCUUUCUUUAUUUUAAUCUGAAAAUGGCAUGGUUGUCAGGUCUUGCUGACAAGGCAGAAAAUUUAUUGAAUAAAAUAGACAAAAACACUGCAGCAGUUUUAAAUAAAGAUAGAUAUGAGAUACCACAAUCUCAAUUAACACAUGUUACAUGGAUUCCUUCUGAGUCAUGUGUUAAUACACAAGAUGGCACAAUUUUGAAAUCUACUACAGAAUCACCAAAAGAAUUUUCUUAUGUUCGCUCAACAUCGAAUCUUUCUUCAUUGACAACAAAUUCUGUUAUGUCUAGAGAUGAAGAGCUUUUUACUUUUUUAAAUACACCAGAUUCAAGUCCAAAAAAGAAUAUAGCAGAAGUUUCAAUGUCAUCACCAACACCAUCACUUGUGGUUAAUCAUCCAACAGAUAUUACAGAUUCUAUAUCAGACUUAUCAAUUCAUAGUGGCCAUACUAGUCCAAGUUCUAUGCAUACCUCUGUAGAUGUUCCAGAUAAUUUUAAUAAUGACAAUGCAAAUAUAAACAAUGUUAAUUUUUGUAAAAAUGAGAUAGUAAAUACACUAAAUAACGAGAUAAUGGAAAAUCAAACUUCUGGUAUUGUUUUGAAUAACGGACAUAAUACUAUAAAGGAAAAUUCAGAUACUAUGCAACAAGAAUAUGAGUAUGAUGUGAAACAGGAAAAUAUGGAAAUAAAUAAAUUGAUGAAUUCACCAAACAAUAAAUACAUAAAAAAAUAUUUAAAAGAAGUAGAAAGAAAUUUAGAAGAAAGGAAUGAACUACUUGGAAAACAAGAAACAGAUCAUCAGAAAGAAAUAAUAGUUUUGAAUGAAAAAUUACAAUCUCUAUGUACAGAAAAGAUACAGUUAUCUAAGCAAAUAGUAGAAUUACAAUCUGUUUUAGAAAGAAGUAGGUUAGAAUUAAACUCCACUAGAUCUGACUUAGAACAACAUAAAGCUAGAGCUUUGAAAACAUUACAAGAAAAAGAAAAAUUGAUAACAGAAUUAAGGUGUAAUGAAACCACAGGAAUGGAUGAUACAACAAUCAUGGAACUAAAUCAGUUAAGACAAGAGCGCGAUAUACUUAGAGAAGAAAAUCAGCAGUGUUCAGAACAAUUGAGAAUAGUGCAUGAAGAGUUAAUGAACGCUAAUGUGAAACUGGAAAAAAUGAGACAAAAAUCUGCUGAAACCAAUGUACAAGCUCAAGAAAUUUUUGCCACAGAAAGACGUAGAAGAUUAGACGCAGAAGAAGAUGCAAGAUUACAUUCAGAUGAAAUAAGAUCGUUAAAGGACGAAUUAAUUCGUCAACGUAAUAAUUAUACGACACAGUUACAAAAAAAUGAUUCUGAAAUUACUCGUCUUCGAAUGCAAUUAUCUGCAACUUCAACACCAAAUAGCGAAGUAGAAUCGAGAUUGGCAUCUCUAACACAAACAUUGGUUUCAAAACAACAAGCAUUAGAAAAUUUAACAACCGAAAGAAAUGCUUUAAGAUUACAAUUAGAAAAAGUUGAACAUGAAUUUAAAAAUAGUCGACGUAAUGUUUCUUAUAAUAGCAUAAAUGACACAGAUGAUGCUAAAGCUCAGGUACCGACAUUUUUAAUAGAAACCCCAUUUGAUACUGGAGUUACAAGAAGGGUAAAAAGAGCCUACUCUUCGUUGGACGCUAUUAGUAUUCGAACAGGGGUAUUUUUAAGAAGAUAUCCUCUUGCUAGGAUUUUAGUAUUAAUUUAUAUGGCUUUACUUCAAUUUUGGGUUCUUAUAGUGCUUCUGUCACAAUCACCAGAAGCACAUUAA